UGGUAUGGUACCCCAUCUACAUUGUACGCGUUAUUCAAGAGCCAUGUAGAUAAUUAUAAACAUAGUCGGUCCAUUUUUAUGUUAAAUAAAGAUCAGAAGUCAUGGUUACCUGUAUGUGAAACACGAUAUGUUGUAGAUCAACCCCAUCCGGUAGCCACAAGAGAACUUCGCACUACGUCACGUAAAACAGUCUCCGUGAAACGGUCGUAGAUCCCGGUCUGGCGACCCACCCGGCGACGAUGACGGCCUGUGCGGUGCUGCAGCACGAGCAGCUAACGCAGGAGAUCCAGCAGUACGGAGAAUGCCUGCUAGAGGAAGCCGCGAAGCUGCUCACGAAGCAGAAGUUGGUCGACGGCAGCGUUCAGACGGCUGGCGGCACCUACUCGUUCACCUGCCACCGGCUGUUGCUGGCCACCUGCAAUCCUCGCCUCACAGACCAGGUGCUGCUGAAGAGGUCACUGCCGUCGUACACGCUGAACGUGCGCAGCCAGUACAUUCUCAACGUCUUCAAGUGCUACCUGUACACGGGCACGAUACACCUGCACGAGGCCGACGUCACGGCGACCAUCGACGAGAUGGACGACAAAUUCCUGUUUCCGGAGAUCAAGCAGGCGUUCGAGGUGUUCACGACGAUACUGGCGAAAAACAUGAACAAGUCCAAGUUUCUCGUGAAGGGGAAAGGCUUGUGGGAUCUGACGGCGUAUGUCGAGGUGACGUCGAAAGAGCCUCUCGUCUGCAAGUUUGACAUUCGAAAGAUGCGGAUACGAAUCAUGCUGAGCUUACUCGGCAAGUUGUAUUACCGCUCGCAGAGUCACACCCACCACGAGCAGUUUGACAUCCUCGUCGGAUCGUCGGAUUCAACUUCAAAAAAGUCUGUGAUGUUCGGAGCUCACAAGCUCGUCCUCGCGAUCGCAUGCAGCAAAAUCACGCCACUGCUUCUCCAAAAUAAUAACGUCCCCGCUAUUAAGUUUGGCGGGGUGGUGACGGAGCGAGCGAUUUCGGCAACGUUGAAGUCCGUGUACACGAGCGUGACUGAUCUAGAACAGAAGCACGAUGCGGGCCGCAUGGUAGAUAAGAAACUCUGCUGGGAGGUGAUGAAGUCUGCGCAGACGUUUGGAAUGGCCUCGCUCGAGCGCACGUGUCACGCGCUGCUCCAGGCUGGCAGUGAACUCAAAGCACCUGUCUCUAGUAAAGUGGCAGUGCCGACACAGCUUGUGCAAGUGAAGACGGAGCCAAAAGAUGCCGUUCCACCUCCAGCAUCGACGCAGAGUGCACAGCCAGCGACCGCAGCUCCCGACACGAACGCUAAUGGUGCCGAGGAGGGCGGGAGCGCGUCUCCUCCGCCUGCGCCCCAGUCUCGCGGCGACAGCGAUGCGGACGAGCCGGCGACGCGGUACGGCUACCGGCUGCUGGCGCGGCUCAACGCGAUGCGCGUCGCCGAGCAGCUGACGGACGCGUUCAUCGUGGGGCGCGGCGGCGCGCGCUGCAUGGUCACCGUGCACAAGCUGAUGCUGGCGGUGACGAGCACGUACACGCGCAGCCACCUCGACCGCUCGCUCUGCUCAAACACGUUCGUCUUCAGCUGCCACAAGGAGAUCCUUCUCGCCCUCGCUCGCUUUCUCUACACCGGCGUCAUCGAGCUGAACGAGACUCUGCUGGGACUCUCCGACAAGGUCGUGCAGGCGUUCCACGUCGAGGACUUCAGCCGCGUCGUCGACAUCUUCCGACGGCUCGUGGCGCUGAAGGAGGUGAUGCCCGGCGGCGGCGAGGCGGCGUGGCGCGCGAUCCUCGCUGCCGAGAGCCGCCGCCUCGACGGAGACAUCCGGCUGCUCAGCGCCGAGCCGCUCUCCUGCCGGUUUGACGUGCGGCUGCAGCGGCUGCGCUCGACCUUCCUCGGCCUCAAGUACAUCUACGCACAGAUGAUGUACACCGACGUGAAGGUGGUCGGCUGCGGCGCGGGCGAGGCGCAGGUACGGACGGCUCAUCGCGUCGUCGUUGCCGCGGCGAUGCCUGACUGCGUGCGGUCGGUGCUGGUGAGCGACUCGAGCGUCGACACCGUCUGCUUCGACGACGUCAGCGACGCGGUCGUCGAGGUCAUCCUCAGGUUCAUCUACUCGGGGAAGCUGACGCUGCCAGAAGGAAGCCAGGUUGAUGCCGACAUGCUUGCCUGCAUACACAAGGUGGCUAUCAGCAUUGAGCUACCGGAGUUAGCAGAUAUUGCACAGCAGUUGUUGGAACCUUUACACAAGGGAGAUCUGUCCGAGCAGGCGUAUAGAGUGACGUGUUCGGUCAUGAAAGCUGAUGCAAAAGUCUGCAAUAUUUUGCAAGAAACAAGCUCCAGCCUGAUGGUUCUGAGAGUGAAAAUUCAUUAUGACCAGCCGGUGAUCGUCAGUGUCAGUGCAGACAAGAAGGGUGCCACGGAAGCCAUGCUAGCUGCAACCGACGUAGCCAGUACCCAGACCACGUGUGCGCCUGGUGUGGAGGAAACGGAGCAGACGCCUCUGGCCAUAUUCAAGCAGCAGGCAAAGAAGUUUCUCUGGCAUUCUGGGCGAAGCUCUUGCCUGGCCAAUGACAUGGCGAAGAUUAACAUAUUCAUCAGGCAGACGUGGCGCGAUCUUACCUAUCAGCAGAAACGCAUUUAUUCGGUAUCGGGCAAGAUUGACUUUGACGAGAUAUUUAGUUUGGAGAAGGUUGCAGAGUUUAAAGAUUUCUAUAGUGAAGAUGAACACGAAGCCAAGCGCCAGCGUCCGGGACGACUCGCGAUGGCCGGCAAGCAGACGGCGCGCAAGGAGAGCUCGUCGCGCGCGCGCCGCGUCGGCAACAGCGACCCGCGCAGCAUCCGCGGCAAGACGUCGCGCAGCCACUCGCUCGCGCUGCUCGACGCGCUGGCUGCCAUGGCCGAGGCGGACGAGCUGACGGACACGCGCGUGCACAGCUGCCACCUGAAGCGCGUGCACCGCGUCGUCAUCGCGUCCGGCAGCCACCUGCUCAUGCGCAAGGUGGCGCUGCUGGGCGCCACCGCGCAGUCGUACAAGUUCGACUACUCAGAGCCCGUCGUCGCCGCGAUCUGCCGCUACCUCUACUCCGGCAUGCUCGCCGUGAGCGAGGAGGUCGCCGACGAACUGAAGGCGUUCGCCGAAGAGUAUGACCUGCGCGAGGUCUGCGACGCGAUGUUCGUCUUCGGGAAGCUGCGUGAGAUCGCGCGCUCGGGCGGCGACCCCGACGAUGCUGUCGAGACGAUCUUCAAGCGCUCGUUCUACGGCAAGGUGAAGGUGGGCCGCGGCGGCGACGGCAGCGGCCUCGAGUGCGUCUUCCUGAUGCGCGAGCAGCGCGCGAGCGAGAUGGUCGAGACGCUGAAGACGAUGUACCAGAAGCGGCUGUUCACCGACCUGGAGGUGAGCGGCGGCCGCGAGUCGGCGCCCGUCUACGAGGUGCACGCGUGCGUGCUGUACGCGGUGGCGCGCGGCACGGCGUUCGCGCGCGACAUCCGCAUCGCUCACCUGCGCGCUCACCUCGAGCGACACCGGCCCGCGCCGCACUACCCCGCGCUGCUCUACCCCGCGGAACUCGCCGCCACCUUCAGCCGUGCGAAGCCGCUACGCUCGUGGCCCGCGACGAAGGGUCGGCUCACCGACCUCCGACCCGCGAUCAACUGCCUCCAGGGGGCGGGCUCGUCGCUCGCGUACGGCUACCUGAUGUGCGAGUACUGCCUGACGACGGGAUUCGCCGACAUCGAGCAGCUGUUCCGGCAUUUCGGGCGGCCCGUCGACGGCCACUCGCCGAUCACGCAGUACCGGCACACGCGCAUGUUGAAGUGCGCGAGCUGCGGCGUGAAGAUACGCCUGAUGAACAUCGACAUCAAGGAGCACGUCAUCAACCACCACUGCGUGGCGCCACUGACGAUCCUCAGCCACCGCGAGGUCGACGACCACCUGUGCAACGUCUGCGGACACGUGUUCGUCAACCUGCGGUUUCACAUGGCCGACGCGCACGAUGUGUACCUGUAG